CAGAGCAGAGAAAAUGGAACCCAUCAGACAGUGAGAGGUCACUAGCCCACUUCACUUCCCAAGUGUUACAACACAACACAACAAAAACAACAACAUCAACAACUCCGUCUCUCUCUCUCUGUGUCUCUCCCCAACAAUUUCAUCGUCACAUCACAUCUUCCUGGUAAUAUGGAGAACCCAGAUGCAAACCAGCUCCCUGAAGCAGAUGCACUGCCAGAUGGGUUUGUUGAGAGCUCCACAGAACCAGUGGCUCCUCCAACUCCAACAGUUGAACAAGAGAAACCGCUUGGUGAUUACAAGGAGGAUAGUUUCUCGGAUCUUGAUCAUUCUGAUAAGUUGUCUGCAAAUGAGUUUCAAACAAGCCAAGGUGGGGAAGAGAAGACCCAGAAACUGAGGACUUUUCCUGUUCCAUUAUCUGAAACAGAUAUUUUUGAAGCUUCGGAGGGCUUGGGGGAAGCGUCCAGUGAGGGCUGUACAGAGCAGACAGAAGGAACACCGGUCUCGCUGGAUUCAGCUAAUCUCUCCGAGGCUUCAGUAGGAGUAUCUGGAUGCAGCGAGGUAAAGGAACAAGUUCAAGCGAAUUGUCAAAGUUCAGAGAGAUCCACUGAAGGAGGCUCAGAAGCAUCAGUAAACAAUAUGAAGGAUACAUCUUCAUCAGACGGUCUUGAUACUUCGAAGAACAGAAAAGUAGAAACCACUGAAGCCAAACGUAAGGUGAAGCGUGCCUUCAAAUCAGAAAAGGAGUUUUUGGAGUUCACUUUGAAGUACCAGCAAGUUCUUGCAGAAAGAGAUGCUGCCAUUGCUGUUCGAGACAAGCUUGAAUCACUGUGUAGGGAGUUACAACGUCAGAACAAAAUACUAAUGGAUGAAUGCAAACGGGUAUCCACAGAAGGGCAAUCACUGAGAUUAGAUUUAUCAUCCAGGUUCCAAGAUGCAAUCAAGGAUGUGAGCAAUAAGCUAGAAGAGCAAAAGGAUGAAUGUCUCUCUCAGCUAAAGGAGAAUGAGAUGUUAAGAACUAAGCUAAAGCAGCUAGCUGAACAGUAUACUCUUUCUGAACAGCAAUUUGCACAGAAGUUAAAGCAGAAAUCGCUGGAACUUCAGCUUGCUGAUCUGAAAAUUAAGCAACAUGAGGAGAAAUUGGUCCAUGAACAAUCCCAGAUGAAAUUAUAUGCAGAACAGGUGUCACAAUUGUUGGCAACUGAAAAGAAUUUGCGCUUACAGUUGACAGCUGAUGGAGAAAAAUUCCAACAAUUUCAGGAUGCUUUGUUGAAGAGCAAUGAGGUUUUUGAAACAUUUAAACAAGAGAUUGAGAAGAUGGCGAAAUCAAUCAAGGAACUCAAGAAGGAAAAUUCUUUCUUGAAGAGCAAAUGCGAGAAAACUGAUGUUACUCUCAUAGAACUUGUUGAUGAGCGUGAGCGCUUAAAAAAACAGUUGGAGAAAACAAAGAAUCAGAAAGAAAAGCUGGAAUCAUUGUGCCGAUCACUUCAGGCAGAAAGGAAACAGAGUUCCAUAGAUAUCAAAAGUUCAGAAUGAGUCCCAGUGUGAAUGCGAAAGGAUCAACUAAGUAAGAAGCUCAAAAAUGAUUUUGGGAAUGACCACUUCAAAUUGUAGACCAUUUUUUUUUUGGCCCGGCUUUUUUGUCAUAAAACAGCAUAAUCUCUUCUGAGUGUAACUGUAUGCAAUUUAUUUUUUAAAUAAUAAUUAUUUUAUUAUUGAGAUAUUAUUUUGCUUUCUGUU